CACUUGUCUGCUCCAGCAACUCCCUUCCCUGAAGCUGCCCUUCCACACAUGACGAGAACACCACCCCCCUUAAUCCAAUUCUAGGGUUUAACUCUUCCCUUCAUCUCCCCCAUCCAACAAAGCAGAUCCAUUUCUUGUUUCUUUUACAAAUAUAUACCCCCCAAAAUCACACGAUGCAGAGCUAUAUCAAUACAUACUCCUAAACCUGCUAAACCCGUUUCUCCUUCCUCAUGAUCUCAGCUUAGCCGAGUCUUAUCCCUUACAAAGAGAGGGAUUUGCACUACCCGGAUCUCUCUCUGUAAACCAUUCAAUUCCACUGAAACGGAGGGUGAAGUUUAGUUAUGGGUCAAGAGAAUUUCACGGCCCAGAAAAGAGCCUCGUCGGGCGGUGGCGCCGCCGGCUUGCCAACCACCACCGCUAAUGGCGUAAGGGGCCGUGGGAUUGGAGUAAUGUCGCGUGGAAGACAGAUCCAUAAGACUUUCAACAAUAUCAAGAUCACGAUUCUCUGCGGAUUUGUUACCAUCCUUGUCCUCCGCGGCACCAUCGGCGUCGGAAAUCUAGGAAGCUCCGACGCCGACGUUAUCAAUCAGAAUCUUAUAGAGGAGACAAACCGGAUCCUCGCGGAGAUUCGAUCGGAUUCCGACCCCAACGACCCUGAUGAACUUGCCGAGUCCGAGAUCAACCCCAACAUCACCUAUACACUGGGUCCGAAGAUCACUAAUUGGGAUGAGGAACGCAAGGUAUGGCUGAGCCAAAACCCUGAGUUCCCUAACUUUAUCAACGGCAAAGCUAGGAUUCUCCUCGUUACUGGAUCGCCCCCAAAACCUUGUGAUAAUCCAAUUGGGGAUCAUUAUUUGUUGAAAUCGGUUAAGAAUAAGAUUGACUACUGUAGGCUUCAUGGGAUAGAAAUUGUGUAUAACUUGGCCCAUUUGGAUAAGGAGCUUGCCGGGUAUUGGGCAAAGCUGCCUUUGAUUAGGAAGUUGAUGUUGUCUCACCCGGAGGUAGAGUGGAUUUGGUGGAUGGACAGUGAUGCCUUGUUUACUGAUAUGGUUUUUGAGAUCCCCUUAGCAAAAUACAGUAACUAUAACUUAGUUAUCCAUGGGUAUCCUGACUUGCUAUUCGAACAAAAGUCAUGGAUUGCUUUGAACACGGGGAGUUUUCUGUUUAGAAAUUGCCAGUGGUCAUUGGAUUUGUUGGAUGCAUGGGCACCAAUGGGGCCAAAGGGUCCAAUCCGAGAGGAGGCUGGGAGGAUUUUGACUGCAAAUUUGAAGGGGAGACCGGCUUUUGAGGCUGAUGAUCAGUCUGCACUUAUUUACUUGCUGCUUUCACAGAAGGAUCAGUGGAUGGACAAGGUGUUUGUCGAAAAUCAGUACUAUCUGCAUGGUUUCUGGGAGGGAUUGGUAGAUAGGUAUGAGGAAAUGUUAGAGAAGUAUCAUCCAGGACUGGGGGAUGAGAGGUGGCCUUUUGUCACUCAUUUUGUUGGUUGCAAGCCUUGCGGAAGCUAUGCAGAUUAUGCAGUAGAGAGGUGCUUGAAGAGCAUGGAGAGGGCUUUCAAUUUUGCAGAUAAUCAGGUGCUUAAACUCUAUGGGUUUGGGCACAGGGGGUUGUUGAGUCCCAAGAUUAAAAGGAUCAGGAAUGAGACAACCACUCCAUUGGAGUCUGUAGAGAAGUUUGAUAUUCGCCUAUCAACAAUUGGGAAAAGUGAAUCACAUAGCUAGUGAGUGAGAAACAUAUUUGGUGUGUCUAUAGGCUGGAAGCCUAGGUGACAAUAUUUGAUGUCAGGCAGGCAGGAUUCUCCAUUUCAAUCUAGGGAAUGGAUGACUAUUAUGGAUUGAAUAUUUGGGUAUCAAGGCUUUUGUAAAAUUUCUGCUUCCUGAAGUUUGUCAUUAUAAAAGAAUAGAUUGAAAGUUGUGUA